AUGUCUUCUCAAAGCGCCAAAGUGCUCAAGGCGACCCCUCUGGAAGACUCUGAGGCCAAAUGGGUGGGUUUGCGCUCGAUCGAGUGGGUCGACCCGACGGGCAAGCAGCGCAAAUGGGAGUCGGCCGACCGCAAAACGCGCAAAGGCGACGUCGAUGCCGUGGCCAUCAUGACCAUCAUCCACCGUCCUUCCUCUGAGCCACACCUUCUGCUCAUCUCACAAUACCGACCACCUGUGGGCAAGAGCUGCAUCGAGAUGCCCGCCGGACUCAUUGAUGCCGGCGAAGAAGGCGACGAGGGGACCAACAGGGCUGCGCUGAGGGAGCUCGAAGAGGAAACGGGGUACGGCACCGACAAGGAGGGCGGCAAGGUCAAGAUCGAAGAGACGACGCCCACCAUGCAUAACGAUCCUGGCCUCACGGGCGCCAACAUGAAGCUGGUCGUGGUCAAUAUCGAGUUGAGCGACGAUUCGGCUGAACCAGUGGCCAAACCCGAGGAAGGAGAGUUUAUCGAAAAGCAUCUGGUGCCUGUCAAAGGGCUCUAUCAAAGUCUGAAGGACUUCCAAUCGAAAGGUUUCGCAGUCGACGCUCGUCUAGCGCAUCUCGCCAUCGGCCUCGAAGUGGGCGCUGGCAAAAUGGGACGUCUGUAG